AUGGCUGAGGAAUUGUCCAAGAACUUUGAGACGCUGCAAUUGCACGCUGGCCAUAACCCAGACUCAGAGACGAAUUCUCGAGCAGUACCCAUUUAUGCGACCAGCUCAUACACCUUCAACGAUAGUGCCCAUGCUGCGAAGCUUUUCGGCCUCAAAGAGUUUGGCAACAUAUACAGUCGUAUAGGGAACCCCACCGUCGGUGUACUCGAGGCGCGCAUUGCCGCACUCGAGGGCGGUGUCGCAGCACUAGCAACGGCAUCUGGCCAAGCUGCCCAGUUCAUCGCCAUAGCCGCUCUGGCACAUGCGGGAGACAACAUCAUCGCAACGUCGAAUUUGUACGGAGGCACAUACAACCAGCUCAAGGUCUUCUUUCCGCGUUUAGGGGUGCAGACCAAGUUUAUCAACGGUGACAAGCCAGAUGACUUCAAGGCUGCUAUCGAUGAGAAGACUAAGGCGAUAUAUCUUGAAAGUAUCGGCAACCCGAGGUACAACGUUCCCGAUUUCGAAAAGAUCGUAGCGAUUGCGCACGACGCUGGUGUUCCAGUCAUUGUCGACAACACAUUUGGCGCUGGAGGAUACUUCUGCAGGCCUAUUGACCACGGUGCUGACAUCGUUGUGCACUCUGCAACGAAAUGGAUUGGUGGCCACGGAACUACAAUCGGUGGUGUAAUAGUCGACAGUGGAAAGUUCGAUUGGGGUAAGCACGCCAAGCGUUUUCCGCAAAUGGUCGAGCCUUCAGACGGUUACCAUGGUCUGAAGUUUUGGGAGACAUUCGGAGCCAUCACGUUCAUCAUUCGAGCACGUGUUGAGAUCCAACGAGACUUGGGUGCGGCGCUGAAUCCAUUCGCCGCACAACAGCUGCUCCUUGGUGUCGAAACCCUUUCUUUGCGAGCAGAGCGACAUGCGUACAACGCACUCAAGCUGGCGAAGUGGCUUGAGAGCAACCAGAACGUAAGCUGGGUAUCUUACCCCGGUCUUGAGAGCCAUCCGUCACAUGAGCUAGCAAAGAAGUACCUACCGCGGGGUUUCGGGGGUGUACUAUCAUUCGGUGUUACAGGAGGUGGUGCAGCGGGCAGUCAAGUUGUAGACAACUUCAAGCUCAUAUCCAACGUGGCGAAUGUUGGCGAUUCUAAGACGCUGGCUAUUCAUCCCUGGACAACAACACAUGAGCAGUUGAGCGACGAAGAGAAAAUCAACUCUGGUGUCACUGAGGAUCUUAUCCGUAUUUCAGUUGGCACAGAACACAUCAACGACAUCAUUGCGGACUUUGAACAGUCGUUCAAGAGGUCGGCGACGAAGCCUGAGGAGAAAGGUCAACCGGAGAAUGCGGAGAAAACCGGCAGUGGUGAGCCCUCUGCCUCGUUGUCUGGUUCGACCUAG